AUGGCCGGUGCCGGUCGCACCCAGCACCGUUCGCGGGACUGUGCCGCCUCCGAUGCCCAGAGACUGGCUGGGCGCCACCCGGCCCCGGAAAAAGCUCCCAUGAUCUGUAGCAGCAGCAUUUCAGGGAUUAUGGAAAAUCGCGACACGCGUCUGGCACCAGGUUUUCCCUUAACGCCCUUGUUCCGGCACCAGCGAGUGUGGUUGUUCUCCGGUCUGCUGGCACCUUUGCCUGUGUGGGGGCCGCACAGCCUCUACCGGCUGUCCUCCCAGCAGAGGAACCGCCUCUCCCCGCUAAGAAUCAAGGAGUUUGUGAAACAUUUUAGAUCCACUGCUACCAUGAGUAGCAAGUUUUGUUUUCUUGUCACCUCCAUCUUUUCUAUCAAACCCCUCAGGAACGUGAAAUCGGGAAACUUCUCAGCUACUACAGAAUUCCUCCUCCUGGGACUGUCAGAGGAUCCACAACUGCAGCCCCUGCUAUUCUGUCUGUUCCUGUCUAUGUACCUGGUCUCUGUGUUCGGGAACCUACUCAUCAUCCUGGCCAUUGUGUAUGACUCCCACCUCCACACCCCCAUGUACUUCUUCCUCUCCAACCUGUCCUUUGUUGACAUCUGUCUCACCUCCACUACCAUCCCAAAGAUGCUUGUGAACAUCCAGACACAGAGAAAAUCCAUCAGUUACACAGGCUGCCUCACCCAAAUCUGCUUCGUCCUGACUUUUGCUGGAUUAGAAAAUGGAAUUCUGGUAAUGAUGGCCUUUGAUCGAUUUGUGGCCAUCUGUCACCCAUUGAGGUACAAGGCCAUCAUGAACCCCAAGCUCUGUAGGCUGUUGGUUCUGCUGUCUUUCCUCAUUAGUGUUCUGGAUGCCCUUCUCCACACUUUGAUGGCACUGAGUCUGUCCUUCUGCACAGACCUGGAAAUUCCCCACUUUUUCUGUGAAUUAGCUCAUGUCCUCAAGCUUGCCUGUUCUGAUAUCUUCAUCAAUAACAUCCUUGUGUACUUAGUGACCAGCCUGUUGGGUGUUGUACCUCUCUCUGGGAUAAUUAUCUCUUACACUCAAAUUGUCUCCUCUGUUCUGAAAAUCCCAUCAGCUAGUGGAAAGUAUAAGGCAUUUUCCAUCUGUGGGUCACACUUAAUAGUUGUUUCCUUGUUCUAUGGGACAGGUUUUGGGGUAUACCUGAGUUCUGCAGCUACUCACUCCUCCCGGAAGAGUGCAGUAGUAUCAGUGAUGUAUACCGUGGUCACCCCCAUGAUGAACCCUUUUAUCUAUAGUCUGAGGAACAAGGACAUGAUGGGGGCUUUGAGGAAGUUCAUCUCUAGAAUAUCAGCUUCCCAUUAA